AUGAAUGUAAACGACGAUUGGGUUAAAGGUAUAUAUGACUCGUGCAAAGGUGUACACCGUUUGGGAUCCAAUGUUCUCAACCAUUACUGUAAGCCAUAUAAAGCCGCUGAAUGUGAUCAUCAAAAAUUUCUGCAAUACAUUGGCGGAGAUGCGGAACAUUAUGGUCACAGCCCUUUCGAAAUUCUACCUCAGGUUAUGUUUGGUCAAUUCGUUUCAAAGAUGUUUAGUUCGGACAAACCACAUACUGGUGAAGGUAUCUGUCCCUGUAUUCAUUGCGAUGGGUCGUGUGCUCCGGGAGAGACCAAAAUCAUUAAGAAAGAAAUGCCUAAAUUUAGAGGAAAGAAGACUAAGAGAGCCACAGAUUCACGAGAAAUGGAAGGCUUCAAGAUUUAUUUGGAUGAUAUUGUCCACCAGUUUUCCGAUUACGAGACAUACGCUGAGAAUGAAUAUUGCAUUUUGGAUACCACUUGCAAGUACUAUACAAAUCUCAAUAUUCGAAUAUUCCGUGUCUUAAGAUCAGAAGACCAGUUCCACUAACGGAUGGAAAUUCUCUGAGAAUAUUAAAAAACAUUUGUCCCCAACUAGUCGAUAGUGAUGUGCCCCAUAUAUGCUGUGACACGAGCUUUAUUUAUCGCAUGAAUUCAAUCUUUAAAUUACUGGAAAAGUUGGGUCUCUCUCAGUGUCCCUCCUGUAUCCACAACUUAAAGCAAAUUCUGUGUCAAUUCACUUGUUCUCCAAAACAGAAUCAAAUGUUAAGAGUAGUGAAUACAACAAAACAGGGCCCCAACGAACUCAUUGAACACUUGGAGUAUUAUAUAAAUAAUGAUUUUGCACAUGGAUUAUAUAAUUGCACGUUUAGAUAUAA